UAGAAAGUUACAUAACUUGGAAAAAUAUCAAUCAAUACUUUGUUUUUAACCAACAUUAGAUUUUCAAGAUGGCUAUGGCUGGGUUGCUUGCUUUAAUCUGCUCAUUGUUGCUAGCAGCAUUGUUCAUGGAUUGCCAUGCCGAUGAAAGGAAGGUUUACAUUGUAUACAUGGGAGAGGGGCCUCCAGGCGAUUUUCCUCCUGAAUCUGUUCACAAUUCCAUGCUAGAAAGUGUGCUUCCAAGUAAUUUGUCAGCCAAAGAGUCCAUUAUCUAUAGUUACGGAAGGAGUUUCAACGGAUUUGCAGCUAAGCUGACAGAUGAAGAGGCCAGAACAAUCUCAGAAAUGGAAGGUGUAAUCUCAGUGAUUCUAAAUCCCAUUCUAAAGCUUCACACUACAAGGUCAUGGGAAUUCAUGGGUUUCACCAAUGCCAAAAUCGGACCAUCUCAAGAAGCAGAUGUCGUUGUCGGUCUUCUUGACACAGGAAUCUGGCCAGAAUCUGAAAGCUUCAAUGAUGAAGGAAUGAAGGCUCCUCCAGCUAAAUGGAAAGGAAAAUGCAUAGGUGCAAAUUUCACCUGCAACAAAAAAAUAAUUGGAGCUCGUUGGUAUAACGGUUUGGAAUUAUAUGACAUUUCUGAAAUAAAAUCGCCUAGAGACACUUUAGGACAUGGGACACAUACUUCUUCGACUGCUGCCGGGCGAGAGGUGCAGGGAGCAAGUUAUUCUGGGCUAGCUGAAGGACUUGCAAGAGGUGGAGUUCCUAAUGCAAGAAUUGCGGUGUAUAAAGUUUGCUGGAGUUUUGGAUGUUACGGUGCAGACAUUCUAGCAGCAUUUGAUGAUGCCAUAGCAGAUGGUGUUGAUAUUUUAUCUCUAUCUUUGGGUUCUGUCGCUUCCUCCCCGUAUUUUGAAGACCCAGUCGCCAUUGGAUCCUAUCAUGCCAUGAAAAAUGGUAUUCUAACCUCAAAUUCUGCAGGUAAUUCAGGACCAGAACCAUUUUCAGUCUCCAACGUAGCACCAUGGACGUUGACUGUAGCUGCUAGCACCAUUGAUAGGAAAUUUGUUGCAAAAGUGGUGCUAGGCAAUGGACAAGUCUUAAAUGGACUCUCCAUCAAUGAUUUUGACCUCAAUGGAACCUCAUAUCCUUUGAUUUGGGGAGGAGAUGCAGCAAACUACUCUGGAGGUGUUAACUCAGACUUGGCAAAAUAUUGCCCUCUUCCUGGUACAAUGAAUUCAUAUAAAGUAGCAGGAAAGAUCGUGUUCUGCGAACGCUGGACGGAUGGUGCUGCCAUUUUAGUAGCCAAUGGAAUUGGUACCAUAAUGAUGGAUGGAGAUGAUUUCAAUGUGGCUUUUAACUAUCCACUGCCAGCAACAACAGUCAGCGAAGAAGAGGGUGUCGAAAUUUUAAAUUACAUUAAAUCAACAAGGGAACCAACGGCGACUAUUCUAGUUGGUGAGACUUGGAAGGACACUACUGCCCCUUCUGUUGCAUCAUUCUCAUCCAGAGGACCUAACCAACUCUGCCCUGACAUUCUCAAACCUGAUAUCACUUCCCCCGGUGUGGAUAUCCUUGCUGCCUGGUCGCCUCUUGCAGCACCUUCUCUCUACGAAAAGGACUCGAGAAGCAAGAAGUUCAAUGUAAUCUCAGGCACAUCCAUGUCCUGCCCACACGCUAGUGGCGCUGCUGCUUAUGUUAAGGCUGCUCAUCCUGACUGGUCUCCUGCUGCCAUUAAAUCUGCACUUAUGACAACAGCUUAUAUCAUGGACCCAAGCAAACACGAAGAAGUCCUUGAAUUUGGUUACGGGUCAGGCCAUAUAAAUCCAUUGCAAGCAGUAGAUCCUGGGCUUGCUUACGAUGCAUCUGAAGCCGAUUACAUUAACUUCCUUUGCAAGCAAGGUUACAACACUACUACUCUCAGAUUGAUUACCGGAGACAACAGUACAGUUUGCAAGACCUCAAAGCUUGGAAGAGCCUGGGAUCUUAACUACCCGACAUUUGCUGUAGCUGUAGAAGACAGGCAGCCAAUUCAGGGAGUAUUUACAAGGACAGUAACUAAUGUUGGUUCACCAAAUUCAACUUAUACUGUUAGCGUUUACAUGCCUCACCCUGUGGUUAAAGUCGCAGUGAAGCCUUCUACCCUAUCAUUCUCUGCUGUUGGAGAGAAGAAAACGUUCACAGUGACAGUCCACGGGCCAAAGAUUGCGCAGACGAUGAUAGUUUCAGGUGCAAUAUCCUGGAAAGAUGGGGUUCAUGUGGUGAGAAGUCCAGUAGUAGUGUAUAAUAUUCUCCCUGGUUAUACCUAUGGUGUUCCUUCCUCGGAGUCAGAGAAAACAUAUAGAUUUCAAGUUCCUAUAUAUCGCAAGAAUGGUAUGUUCAGCCGCCAAUAAAUCCCAGUCAAGAUUUUCUUUAUUGAUUUUUUUUUAUUUCUGUUAGGGAAUUAGAUAGAGAAGAAGGGAAUUCUCAAGGAAUCCCAGGGUGCAUUAAUUGCUCAUUUCCUGAAAUGUUGGUCAUUCCUGCGUCUCCCUGAUCCUAAAAACGGGGGAACUGCAAAAUUAUGUAAGGUUGCAAAAAAAUUAUCUUGACGUCUAGAGUUUUGCUACACCAAAUGUCUUCCUUCUCCA